GUUCCCCAUUUCCCACUUCACCCCCAUGCUUUUCCUCUCUCCUCUCUCCUCACUCUCUAGUGAGUCCCUCUCCCAAGGGUCCCCAACCCCCCUCUUCCCCUUCUUUCAAAGCUCCUUUUCUUUCUUCUGCAGAAGCAAGGGAAAUAGUAAUGGAUUGAUAAACGAUUUUGACUCUGGGUAUUGCUGAACUUGCUUCUCUUGGAAUCUUGGUUUGGUUGUUCAUAGUGGGUUUGGAUCGAAGCUAUUGAAAGAAGAAUAAUAUUGGAGAAACCUAAUAUUUGUUUUUUGAAAGAUAUUGGUUUCUGCUUAUUUCAAUCGGUUUGGCGAUUUUAGCAAGUAGAACAGAAGAAGCUCUUGAUUUGUUUGGAUUGAUCUAAACUAAGGAUUCAAGAUCAAUCAUCGAUGGGAAAGAAGGUUACCAAGAAAAAAACCAAAGAAAUAAGGGAAGUAGUAGGAGAAGCAUCGUCUGGUUCAAUCGCAGAGCAGCAAAGUCAACCUCGUAGGAAACGAGGAAGACCUCGCAAAAUCAUUGAGAAUACCCAAGUCACCAUUGAAGCUGAGGAGGAGAAAAAUCAAGCAGAGGAACAAAAAGAAGAAGAAGCAGCAGCAGUGGAGGAGAGCGAAUCGAAGAGAAUGAAAAGCAGCGACGUGGAGCAGCUGAAGGGGAUUAGGUCGGUGUCGUCUUCUUCAUCCGUUGGUGAUGUGAAAGGAGGAACUGGGCCAUCUGAUGAAAGCAAGACUGAGGAACCUCCAAAGAGCAGCAGGAGAAAAAGCCAGCCUCGAAAGAGCAGCAGCUAACUUCUUCUUUCAUCUCAUCAGGUAAAUAUAUAGAUUAUUAUACAUCACAGUUCAUACCUUCACAGUCUCUUUGUGAUUGCUUCGUUUAUCUCAAUAUUAUGAACGCUCUCCCCUCGUUUUCUGGGAUAAAGAGAGAUUUAUGUUUGAUGGGUCUGUUAAUUUCUGUUAAUCUACCUCUCUUUGUUAACUGAGAGGAGCUUUGAAGAACCAGAAGGAAAAUACGAUUGAAAGUAUUGAAAUCUGAAACUGUAAAAGGAAAAAAGAUAGUCAGAUUAAUUCUUUUCAUUCUC